AUGACGGUGGCGCUGGAGGCUGUCGUAGUAGGCGGUAACAGGCAUUCUUCCGCUGCGGACUGGGCGCCUUCUCUUCUCGCCUUUGGAGCCGGCAACAACGUUGCGCUUUGGAACCCGGAUGAUGAGAAAAAUGUCGGCAUUGCCGCUCUCCUGGCCGGCCAUACCGACAACGUAAAUGCGGUACGAGUCUACGGAGCUGUCAGCCGCGUUAUACUCAGUGGCAGCUCAGACAAGACAAUCCGCAUCUGGACUGCUACCGCGGACAACGUUGCGGGCUUCCGGGAAUCGCAGUGCUUGACUGACCACACGAGCUCAAUCAAUGUUCUCGAGGUCUCGCAUGACAGUGGCGUGCUGUACUCAGGCUCCGCGGAUGGCACGGUGAAAGUGUGGGACUUGAAAGGAUCAAGAGCUAAGCUAAUUCAGUCUAUCUCCUUGAAGCCUCGCUACCUCCCACUCGCGUUAGCAAUCACUUCGCUCUCAAAUGGCGAUUCUGUUCUCGCAGCUGCAGGCACUUGCAAUUACAUCCAGCUGUACGUGCGGCCGGUCCACGGCGACCAGUACGAGCUUCAAGCUACAUUGACCGGCCACGAAGGCUGGAUCAGAUCUCUUGACUUCACCACAGAGUCACUGGCGGCUGACAGCGACAUAUUACUCGCCUCUGCUAGUCAGGAUAAGUACAUACGGCUUUGGCGGUUUCAUCGCGGCCAACAGCUUCUCAGUGCAGGUGGGGACGCCGCCACGGAUCUGUCUAAUGCAUCCGAGAGAAAGUCUCUAUCCAACAAGGUCCAUCAGGUCGGCGGCGUGGACUCCAAAUACUCCGUCACUUUCGAGGCUCUUUUGAUCGGUCACGAGGACUGGAUAUACACAGCACGAUGGGAACCGAGGACUGUCGCAAGAUCAGCACCAGUCCUUCUCUCAGCAUCCGCGGACAACUCGUUGUCCAUCUGGGGUGCAGACUCUGCGUCUGGGCUAUGGGUAUGUAACAGCAGACUUGGCGAAAUCAGUGGCCAGAAGGGUUCCACUACGGCUACUGGAAGUACAGGCGGAUUUUGGGUGGGCCUAUGGAGACCCGAAGGUGGCUCAGUCGUAAGCCUCGGACGCACAGGAAGUUGGCGGCAGUGGCGCUAUGAUCAGAACUACGACAUGUGGAAGCAACAAAUAGGCAUUGGCGGACACGUCCAGGAGGUCCAAGGACUUGCUUGGUCACCCGAAGGUAGUUACUUGCUUUCCACAGGAUCAGAUCAGACCACAAGAUUAUGGGCCGAGUGGCACAGAGAUGCUGCAUGCUCUUGGCACGAGUUCUCUCGGCCGCAAAUUCACGGCUAUGACCUUAACUGUAUCGACUCGAUCAGCGAGAAUCGAUUCAUUUCAGGUGCCGAAGAGAAGUUAUUGCGAGUCUUCAACAAGCCGAAAGCCGUUGGUCAUUUGCUGGCGAAGCUGACUGGUGCCGCAAGCUCGGCCACUGAAGAUCUCCCUGAUGCCGCCAACAUACCAGUACUUGGGCUCUCCAACAAGGCAAUGGACGCGCCUGAUGACGACGAGCAAGUGAAUCGCCAUCCAGACGGCGAAGAUGCUGGAGUCGAGGUUAUUGAUUCUGCCGCAACUGUCCACAAGUCGACAAUUGAUCUGCCAGAGCAUCCUCCUCUUGAAGACCACCUAGCAAGGCACACUCUCUGGCCCGAACACGAGAAGCUGUAUGGACAUGGCUACGAGAUAUGCGCCGUAGCUACUAGCAACGACGGCUGUCUGGUCGCUACCGCAUGCAAAGCCAGCUCUAUUGAUCAUGCAGUUAUCAGGCUGUACGAGACAUCGGAGUGGCGUGAGGUUAAGCCGCCACUCGCCGCGCACAGCUUGACUGUCACGAGCCUCGCCUUUUCACCAGAUGAUGAUUUCCUGCUGAGCGUGGGAAGAGAUAGGCAAUGGUUCGUAUUUAAAAGGGGCGAACAAGAUCGAAACACGUACACGCCGCAUACCUCGAACCCCAAAGGCCAUUCAAGAAUGAUUCUAGGAUGUGCUUGGGCGCCUGCUUCCCUCGGCCAUAUCUUUGCGACCGCUGGUCGAGACAAGAAUGUCAAGAUUUGGAAGCUCGACGGCGAGAAGGCUGAUUGCGUUUCGACCAUUCCCGCAAGUGCCUCAGUCACUGCCGUGUCUUUCUGUCCCUCCGUCGAAAUGGACACCGCCAUCGUCGCGCGCGGCACCGAAGAUGGCCGCAUCACACUCAUCAAGCUUGAUGCUACCAGUCUCGCCGUGAAGGAGACGCAAUAUGUCGACCAAUUAAUUGCACCUUGCAAAGCCGUCACGGCGUUGCGUUGGCGACCAGGGAAAUCGCAGCUGGCGGCAGCCAGCGAAGACUAUUCGGUUCGAAUUUACAAUGUUUCAUGA